UUGAAAAUUAUUUUAAGAGAUAUUUCUGAUUUGGCUGCUUCACAGAUGAUGUGGGCCGGUGGUUUGCACAUUAAACUGGUUUCUUAGGAUCAUUGGAACCCAUCUCCGAGCAUCAGUGAUAUUGGAUCGGUGCCUUCGUAUACGAUUAUAAACGAUAGAACCCACCUCAGUCACAACCUGUACACUCUUCAGCCGUCUGUCGUAUCUCCAGACAUCAGAGGAGCUAAUUUCCCCAAACUGUGCGACUCCUUACCUUACAGUGGCUCCUAAGGAUCAGGAGAGGAAUAUUUUUGAGGACCACUUUGCGUUCCUUUGGAAUGCUUUUGCGUUAGCUCGCAAUACUUCUCUUCUUCCGUUCCUUCUGAGCCAUAGCCUUGUCUGCUCUCAACGCCCCAGUAUGGAUCAGCUUAUUGAAUGUUAUUUUGAACCGGGCAUUUUCUAUGCUGAUUACUGCUCAAUAUGGAUAUACUUUAUCUGCUGUGAUCACUCCAGAGGAGAGGAAAGAGAGCCGGGAUAGAGCCAUGCUGGCCCAGCUUGGACUUAAGGCUGCUCCUAGUAAAUGUCCGGUUUGGAGGAAAUGGGGCUCAUGCUGCCAAACACCGGGAAUUAGUAGACUGUUGAGCCCACAUUUUUACACAGACCUGCCUCAUCAAUGUUCCAGAGCACUAAGUGGGCGCACUGUUUUCUGUCAGAGCGCAAGGCUCCGGCGAGAUGAGAGGAGGCGGACUGUUUACAUGGUGAUGCUUGGUGCUCAAACAGUCAAAGAAAUGUGCCAUCUGAUGUUAGUUAGCUGAUAACCUUGUCAUUUCAUUACCACUAUAAAAUGUCAUAUAUUAUCUAGUUGUUUGCUAACAGUGGUGCUUAGACAUGAGCAGUGAAAUUGAGGAUUAGUUAUUGUAGAGAUAUAUUUUGACAUCAAUGUAGAGUUUAUUAUUUCAUUUUAAGUCUUUUGUGAGUGUUUUUACAAUAAGCAUGCCAUUUGUUGUCACUCUGGAAUUCAGGAGUUUUAUCUGGUUAGGUAAAUGUAAAAAUCAAAAACACAAAUAUUUUGUGAUUUCAAAAGUAUUCAGUUUCAGCUUUAUUUAUAAAGCGCCAAUUCAUAACAAAAGUCAUCUCAAUGCACUUUUCAAAUCUAGCAUUGUGCGGGUUUGUGUUUGAGCAUAAAUGAAGGUCUGCUGUUGUGUGUCUGACUUGCUGGAAGUUUUGCUCUAGAAUACUUGGUGACCCCUGACUACAACACUUGUGUGGUAAGUGUCACUCAUUAACUGGUGUAAUAAAUAUGGUUUAUCAUAAUCUACAGACUGCAGACAUUAAUUAAACAAGCAAGGAUAUUGUAAGCUUUGCAACAUUUUAGUUCACUGAAGCACACGCUUCCUUUAUGACCUACCUGCAAAAGAAAGUUGACUGUCAACUUGACCGUUGACCGUUGCCUGUCAUUGUAUAACUGGCACCCUUAAGGAAAUUACAACUUAAUCUCGUUAUACACCACUGUGUUGUAAAAUGAUAAGCGAGGUAUCUUGUACAAUAUAGAGUUACAAGGAAGAAGCAUGUCAAAUUGCAAAUGUUUUUCUUUUGUCCACACAGGUGUAGUUCCAGAAAGUUCAUUGUAAUGAAGACUGAAUGGGUUGAAUUUCUCUUCCGGAUACACGUAGCUAACAAGGAACUCAUUCAGGCUUUUCCAUUGGUGACUUGUUUGUAUAACCUGGGAAAGUUCUCACCCCCUCACACAAUAAAAACCAGGAGUUUCACCACCAGCACUUCAGCUCUUCAUCUCAAACCAGAUCUUCGGACACCAUGCUCCACUCCAGACUCAGCACCACACUGUUGCUGGCAGCGACGUGUUUGCUUUUGAGAGCAGACUACUCCCUCGUCCACAGAGAGGUGAUCACCUGCGAUGACGCCUUCAACGUCCAACGCCUGAGCUGUGAAAAUGGAGCGAUCCGUGUGCAGACAUCUCUGUAUGGACGUGCAGACAGUACAACCUGCAGUGAGGGCCGACCUCUACAACAGCUUGCCAAUACACGGUGCUCUCUGCGGGGCACUGUGGACGUCAUCAGGAGAAGAUGUGAUGGAAAGAGGGUGUGUGAAUUAAACACAAACACCUUCCGUGUUUCUGAUCCCUGCGUCGGUAUCUACAAAUACCUGGAGACCACCUACACCUGCUUACCAGCAAUCUACAGCGUAGCAUGUGAAGAGUCUUUUGCAAACCUGCAGUGUGAUGAAGGGCAGGUUAUAUUAGUCUAUGGUGCUGAUUACGGACGCCGUGACCCCACCACAUGCUCUUACCAGCGACCUGCCUCUCAGAUCCAAAAUGUCGAGUGCUCGCGCCCUACAAGCAGAGUUGCUGAACGCUGUAACGGGGAAAACAGCUGUGCUAUCAGAGCGAGCAACUUAGUGUUUGGAGACCCCUGUGUCGGCACUUAUAAGUACCUGGAGGUGGCUUACACAUGUCAAUGUAAGUAACAGACUACUGUUAAAACAUAAAAUCAGGACCUAUCCAGUAUCCAUCCAUUUUCUUUCUUAUGCAGUGGUAGCAGGCUAAGCAGGGUAGUCCAGAUGUAACGCUUCGGCUUUCUUCACUAAUUAUUUCCCUUUCCUUGAGAGUGGGUCCACUUUAUUACUAUCAAGGUGUGUGCUGUUGUCACAUCAGCUGGGCAGAGAGAAAAUUGGUGUGUGGCAUGAAAGAAUGUGAAAAGUGUAACUAGCCAUGUUUCCAUCGUUUUUUCAUACCCAUUUUGAAGUAUUGCAUUAGAAAAGGUUGAUGGAUAUGGUAAGAUUUGAACUUCCUUAAUUUCGCAAAAAAGUUUUUACCCUAUCUAUGCUUGAGGUGGUUUUUGCCUUUUUUGAAAAAGACUUAAUGAGCUAAAUGGUAGAUGGAACCACUUUUGCCGAAUAAGUUUUGACCAUGUAACUCACGACUGAUCCACUGUUUCUGCUGUUGGCGUCUUUCCCGAAUAUUCUUAAAAUGCGCAGAGAGAUGGCUAUGAGCAACUUGCUUGCUUGAAACAUAUUCCUGAGGACCUCUCUCCAUUUAUCUCAGAUCCAUGGUUCUCAAGUCCAUGAGACUGAUUCUGUUUUGCAACUUCUGCAUCUUGUUUAUUACAGCCAUGUGUAACGUCAACCACUGACGUAACUACGCUUGCCAAAACCUUGUUUAUUCGCUCUAAACCAGCAGAUAGAAACACACCUAUUUCACUUUUUUUUUUCUCUUCUAUUGAGACAUUUCAAAAGUCAGUUUUAAAUUUGCUUGACAAGUAGAUGAAAACAUGGCUACUUGCAUGAGUUGCAAUGUGUAAGAGUUAGCAGCUCUGCCUAACCCUGUAACCCUUCAAAUAAAAGUAAGCCAAUGAUAUGCUGCUUGGCGUUCGAAGUAAUACUAAGGUAAGGUUACUGCAACAGGUAGUAAGCUAGUUAGCUGGACAUGCUAACAUUUGCAGCUUACAUUACAGCAGA